CUGCCCCCGGAAACCGGCGGCCGACUCCACCGCCCGCCAACCCCCGAGGCAGACUUGGACCGAGCGGCGCGAGGGAGAGGGAGGAAGAGGCCGCCAUGGCGACGACGCGGCCGGCGCGCAGCGACCCGCACCUGCCGCCCGAGGAGGCGGCGCGGGUGGAGGCCGAGGUGCGGGGCUACUUCGACAGCGUGGCCCCCAGGCGCCCGGCCAAGCCGCCGCGGAGCGACCCGUCGGACGCUGGCGAGGCCGGGUCGGAGGUCGGCGCCGAUGGGGGAGACCUGCCGGAGCUUCGCCGGCUCCGCGACCUCGAGGCCAGACCCCAGAAGUUGGUUUUGGACGGCGGGGAUGUCAACGGGGAGGAGUAUGUGGAGACGCAAUACUACGACGGGCUCAAUUGCAUCGACAAGCAGCAUCACACGACUGGUACAGGCUUUAUCAAAGUGGAAAGACCCAAUGGUAACUCAUUCAACGUCACAAGUGUUGCCUACUCAUCUGACAGUCUUGUUCGCUGCACAAGCAACCCUGCAACAAAUGAUUGGAUACCAUCAUCAGAGACGGUUGUUCCAGUUUCAAACAAGCCUAGCAGGAGUGACUCCUGAGACCUGACAACCGGGUUCUCUUCUAUCGUGUGGGGUAAAUUAUCUGAAGAGAAUAAAGAGCACAUAAUGCAGCCACUUCUUUAUACCAGAUGAAGGCAGACAAAGGUAGAUAAAUGAGAGCGCUGCAAGGUUUAUAAGGCAUGAAUCUGUACUGCUCACAGCUGUAUGUGAACUUGUUGUAUGCAACUUCACUGUUUCUCAUACUCAAAACUCAGUAUCACCGGAGUGGAUUGAGCACCAGCCACCAGGUCUGUCAGUUUUUGUCUUUGCUGUAAGGCUAUUUUCUCCGUGCAUCCAUA